AUGGAAGAAGACCUCUCCAACUACCACCACCACCUCCACCACGCCAUGGAAAUCGAGCAACAGCAGCUUCAGAACAUCACCGCCAGUUCUCAUUUGCUCAAUCCCUUCGAAACCCAACAAGAAACAAACUGGGGGGACAGUAACAACGAAAUGCAGCAACAACAACUGCCACCAAUCCCAACACCUGACCUUCUCAGCCUUUUCCACCUGCCGGAGACGGCGUCUGGAGUCAUGUACGAUCCAAUGUUCCAGCUGCCUCCUCCUCCGCAACCGUUCCGGGAGCAGCUGCUGCCAUACGGGUGCAACUCGAGUUUGUUCAGCAAUGGUGGGGAUACUCACUUGUUUGAGAAUGGGGUGCUGGAGUUUUCCAAGGAGAUGAAGCCCUUUGGAAGAGGGAGAGGUGGGAAUAAAGGGACCAAACACUUUGCUACUGAGCGACAGAGGAGAGUCCAGCUCAAUGACAAGUUCACUGCUUUGAGGGAACUUGUUCCAAGCCCAACCAAGCCUGAUCGAGCAUCUGUGGUGGGAGAUGCCAUUGAUUACAUACAGGAGCUCAAGAGGACUGUGAGUGAGCUGAAGCGUCUGGUGGACAAGAAAAGGUGUGGGAGAGAGAGGAGCAAGAGGCACAAGACAGAGCAGGACAUAGGUGCCGGAGACGACGAUGAGAGCUGUAACAAGCCUCUUGGUGACCCUGAUCAUGACCACUCCUACAACAAUGGCUCUCUGAGGAGCUCAUGGCUGAAAAGAAAGUCUAAAGACACUGAGGUCGACGUCCGAAUUAUUGAUGAUGAAGUCACCAUCAAACUGAUCCAGAGGAAGAAGAUUAAUCUGUUGCUCUCUGUUUCCAAGAUUCUUGAUGGGUUGCAGCUUGAACUUCAUCAUGCUGCUGGGGGACACAUUGGGAAUUCAUACAGCUUCUUAUUCAACACCAAGAUGUACGAAGGGUCUUCUUUGUAUGCCAGUGCCAUUGCCAACAAGCUCAUUGAUGCCCUGGAUGGACAAUAUGCUGCAAUUCCACCUUCCAACAGUUAUUAG